UUCAUCAACGACAACCCACAAUGGAUCAAGGUGGUGGGUUACCGCGGCGACGUAGAACACGAGAACUGGGUACCGCGUUACAACGCCCUGCGCCACGCAGCCGGGAUUCAACCGCCAGGUUACCUGAUCCAUGAGUCUGSGGCGUGGUCCGACCGCCUCCAGCGCUGGUUCUUCCUCCCCCGCCGCGCCAGCUCCGAACGCUACGAUGAGAUCGCCGACGAGCGCCGCGCCACCAACCUCCUCCUCUCCUGCCCCUCGGACUUCCGCGACAUCACCGUGGGGCACGCCGGACCCCUCCACCCAACGCACGGUUUCUCCUCSUUCAAGUUCGUACCGGACACCGACGAUCAGAUCGUACUAGCGUUGAAGUCGGAGGAGGACGCGGGGAAGAUAGCGACGUAUAUCCUGGCGUUUACGUUAGACGGGAGGAUGUUACUGCCAGAGACGAAGAUAGGAGACCUGAAGUAUGAAGGACUGGAGUUUAUUUAAAAUGGAGGGAUGGGGAGAUCCUUAGGAGAGACUGGAGAGAGGGUUGGAACCAGAAUACAACAGGACAGGGUUGGUUGUUACAACUUACAUCACCUACCUGUGAAGUAGUGUGAUGAGGUAGGAGGACUCUGUUCCAGGAAGGUCCCAGUCAUCACCAAGGUUGUCCAGAAAAACGACUAGUGUUGUAAGAUUCUUCCCAUGGGCAACUUCCUGCCCCCAAAGGAGUCUGGGUAAUGUAGUCCACUACGUCUGGGUUUAAACAGGCAGCCCAAUUCUGAGGUUUUUACCAAUCACAUCAGAUCUGACUGGUCAAAAUAAUUGGCUGCAUAUCUAAACACAGCCUAAGGAACAACGGCCACGCUCAAGGGAACAAAAAUACUAAAAUUGACAGGGUUGUGUUCAGUAGGCACAAAUCGGAAAGAAACGUUUUAAAACUGAGCAUUAAUUACCUGAAGUUGUCCAAUAAGGCCAGUCAUUUUGGGGGUGUUCUGUUAGAAUGUUUGUGCCUUCUGAAGAGGACCCUUGUUUAAACUAACACUGACUCACAAAUGCAAAACUUAGAUGACGUUGGGUUGUCAACAUUUGCCAUAUGUUGAACAGACUACUGAAUAAGAUGCAUGAUCUUCUUUCACCAGCUGUUAUGUUAAUAACUUGUUUUCUCUCUUAAAACAGAACACCUCAGAUUAAAAUGUUCAUAUGUCA